AUGGCUAAUGAGAACCCACUGCCUGGGGGAAGGACGCUGUGGUCCCUGUCCGUCUGUGCCCCCUACAUCAGGGGCAGGGUGGCCGGCUCCACGUGGCUCCAGGGGGAGGGGAGAGUGUCCCGGCGCCAGGAGAUCAGGGCGCACGGGGGACAAGGCGCACCGAGAUCAGGGCGCACGGAGGAGAAGGCGCAUCGAGAUCAGGGCGAACAGGGGACAAGGCGCAGGGCGCACGGAGGAGAAGGCGCACCGAGAUCAGGGCGCACGGAGGAGAAGGCGCACCGAGAUCAGGGCGCACGGAGGAGAAGGCGCACCGAGAUCAGGGCGCACGGGGGACAAGGCACAGGGCGCACGGAGGAGAAGGCGCACAGAGAUCAGGGCGCACGGAGGAGAAGGCGCACCGAGAUCAGGGCGCACGGAGGAGAAGGCGCACCGAGAUCAGGGCGAACAGGGGACAAGGCGCAGGGCGCACGGAGGAGAAGGCGCACCGAGAUCAGGGCGCACGGAGGAGAAGACGCACCGAGAUCAGGGCGCACGGAGGAGAAGGCGCACCGAGAUCAGGGCGCACGGAGGAGAAGGCGCACCGAGAUCAGGGCGCACGGGGGACAAGGCACAGGGCGCACGGAGGAGAAGGCGCACAGAGAUCAGGGCGCACGGGGGACAAGGCGCAGGGUGCACGGAGGAGAAGGCGCACAGAGAUCAGGGCGCACGGAGGAGAAGGCGCACCGAGAUCAGGGCGCACGGAGGAGAAGGCGCACCGAGAUCAUGGCGCACGGGGGACAAGGCGCAGGGCGCACGGAGGAGAAGGCACACUGAGAUCAGGGCGCAGGGCGCACGGAGGAGAAGGCACACCGAGAUCAGGGUGCACGGGGGACAAGGCACA